GACUGUGAAAGUUGAUUUUCUUUUUUUGACACGAUUGGAGGAGGACCUUUAAAGCAGAGUACUUCCAUCAAGAGGGGAAAUAAAGAAGGUUCAUCCCGACUCUUUAGCUGGAUUUUCUGUCCUUUCUCAACAAUUAUUAUUCAUCAUUGUUCUCCAUUCCCCUGAUCAGUUCGUAAAUACCAAUAUAUAUUAAAUCAAACUGCCAUUUCGCAAAGAUUUACUUGGGUUAGCGUGAUUUUUCGAUGGAGAACGUUAGCAAUGGCUCCACUCAAUUUAGUGUAAAGAAAGAAGAACCAACUCUGGUUCUUCCUGCAGCAGAAACAGAGAAGGGUCUGUACUUCCUCUCAAACCUUGAGCAGGUUUCAUUUAUGGUUCGUACUGUUUACUGCUGCAAAUCGGAUGCUAAAGGCAACAAAGAUGCUGCGAAAGUCAUCAAGGAAGCCUUGUCAAAGGUUCUUGUCCAUUACUACCCACUCGCAGGAAGGCUAACGAAGAGCUCAGAAGGAAGGCUGAUGGUGGAUUGCACCGGUGAGGGCGCUAUUUUUGUUGAGGCCGAAGCAGACGGCACAAUAGAGGAGAUAGGAGACAUAUCAAAGCCUGAUCCGGUCACCAUUGGUAAGCUGGUUCAUGACAUUCCUGGCGUAACGAACGUACUUGACGCAAAACUUACUCUGGUGGCUCAGGUGACGAAGUUCAAAUGUGGAGGUUUUGUUCUUGGUCUAUGUCUGAACCAUAGUAUACUUGAUGGAAUUGCCGCCAUAGAUUUUAUGAACUCAUGGAGUGAAACUGCAAGAGGUUUGCCCCUUGAAGUCCCUCCUUUUCUUGAUAGAAGCAUACUCAAAGCCCGAAACCCACCUAAGAUAGAGUUUCAGCACAACGAAUUUGUUGAUAUUGAAGAGGUAUCAGAGACCAACAAAGUUUACGAAGAAGAAAUUAUACAUGGUUCCUUCUGUUUUGACCCCGAGAAGCUUGGACAGCUCAAGAAAAAGGCCAUGGAAGAUGGGGUUCUAGACAAGUGCACAUCAUUUGAAGCCCUCUCAGCUUUCGUCUGGAGAGCUCGAACUCAGGCAUUAAGGAUGCCGUCCAACCAACAGACGAAGCUUCUCCUUGUUGUUGAUGGGCGGUCUAGGUUUGAGCCACCAAUACCAAAGGGGUACUUUGGCAAUGCAGUUGUAUUAACAAAUUCAAUAUGCAGUGCGUCCGAACUAGUGAAGAGUCCAUUGUCAUCUGCAGUUGGUCUGGUUCGCAAAGCAAUUAACAUGGUUACAAACAGUUAUAUGAGAUCAGCCAUAGACUACGUGGAAACAACAAGAGCUAGGCCUUCUCAUGCAGCAACCUUAGUGGUGACAUCUUGGUCUAGGCUACCUUUCCACACGGCAGACUUUGGAUGGGGAGAGCCAGUGUUUUCCGGGCCAGGGGAUUUGCCUCGUAAGGAAACAGUUUUUUAUCUAGCGCAUGGGAAAGAUAGAAAAGGCAUCAACGUGCUUUUGUGUUUGCCGGCUUCUGCCAUGAAAGUCUUUGAACAACUCAUGAUGGAGAUUUGAAGGGGACAUUGAUUAAGGUCACGUAGCUAGUAGUACUCUACUCAUGUACGUCGUGGAAGAGAUCAUUGAAGUGAACCAAAGCCAUAGAUAUCAUGCAUAGAUGAUCAAUACAAGUACCUUUGAACCUUCAUAUCUGUUUAAAAAGCACAAAACAGAAGAUCUCUAAGUUGUUAUAGCCAUAUUUAAUUCUAUAAUCAUGCCAAUGUGCAUUUCAAAGACCAUGACCAUAAUUUCUGAAGUCUCAUUUUUAAUCUCAUUUGCACUAUUAGGAUUUCCAUUUUCUUUCUUGUAUUUCUUCUUGUAUGAUCUGCAUCCAUGCUUAAAGUGUCCAUUCUUUAUGCUAUUAUAAAAGUUUUUAUUUCCUUGUA